AUGCUGCCAGUCAUAUUCCCGAAGCUGCACAAAGGCACAAUCUGCCGCUACCUGGACUUGAACAUCGAGGAACACAAUGCGCGCAGCGACAUCUUGCUGCUGAUAAUUGGGGAUUCGUCGCUCUACCAAUCUGGAGGCAAGCAUGCCUCCUAUGCAACAGCUUGGGGCUGCUAUGCCGAUGCAUGGAAGAUGAAGGCACGAGCCAUCGACCCUCUCAACGUGCCGACAUGCGAGGCCAAGGAUCCGGACUUUGGGCGAUUCUGCGCGCAGGCCCGGAUUCUGGAGGGAAUGCAGGACUUGGGUCGGCAGCGGCAGACCCUGUCGGAAUUGGGAUUGAGCCAAUUGCCAAGAUGGAUCUUCCAUGUCGACAGUGGCACCUUACCACUAAGCCGCAGACUGGACUUACGGAGGUUCGUGUACGCUGGCCGGCAUUUGGUUUUCAGCGAAGAGUUCCACACGGGCCGCAUUCUCCCUGGCCCGUACAUCUCGAGUGUUUCCAACCACUCAGCCCUCUUCUUCAGAGCUUGGGAACACCGUGCCAUGGACUCCUUGCAGCUGCAUCUACUCGACUGGCUACGCAACGAGCUACUGUACUCGGGUCAGACGCGUGCGACGUUGACCAAUCUCACAGACAGCCUGCUGUGGGUGGCCAAGCUGUACAAGAACACUCAGGACACCGCCACUCACGACGUAUAUACGGCCGCCGCCAAGUUCGUUCUCGGACCGCGUCGUCAAUUCCGCCACCUUGUCAUCCUUCGGCGUGGCAUGGGAUUCUGCGCGGAGGCUUCGUUCCCCGUGAACCUGACGCAGGCCGCGGUGCUGGGCCAGCGAUUUCUCUGUGUCCAGGCGCCAGAUGUAAUCCAGCAGCUUGAUCCGCAAUGCCUGGAGACGGUCUUCCGCUGCGAAGCCUGGCUCGUGGACUGCUUGGGCACCUCAGAGACCAACAAGGACUUGCUGCGCUCCAUCCGCAGCUACGAACCUCAGCGGAUGAGUCUCGGAAUGGUCAACGAUGUCCAGGACUGCUGGCCCAACUGCCCGGCAGACGUCUCUGCGAGAACAUGGGCGGAGAUGGAAAUAGGUCUCAGCUACAAUGCUCGUUGCCACCCGCACCAAUCUCGCGUGGGCUGUUGCUGCAACGAUUUCAACAUCAUCGAAGAGCACCGAGCGGCGCAGAAGGCUGACAUGUAUCUGCUGCUGAUCGUGUCGUCCGUUGGGGUGUUGAUUGGAAUGGCCUUUGGAACGAGGCAUUGCUACCGGCGCUGGCGACGGGGGCGGCGACGUGCUUCGCUGUCUGGUGAGGUGGAGCUCACCCACCUUCCGCAACGCUUCAAGAAGAGCUCCCAGACAGUCUGA